AAUAUUAAUGUAGAGCCUGUUUAGAAAAUAAAGAUGGCAGCGCCCUUGGGAUCAAUAUCGGUGCGACUAAGCACUGCAAACUUCACAUGUAAACGACGCGAAAACAGACCAGCAAUUACUAAAUCAGCUGAGGGUACAACAAGUGAUCUAUUAGUAUUGUCAACGGAAAAAUGCACCGAAAAUAGCAAGACAAAACAAGAUAUAGCGUGUGUUCCAGUUAUUGUUGAAUUCCGACGUCUCCUCGAGAGUGUCAAGUACAAAAGCAUUGACGUCGUGCCUGGGAUUUCAAAUGUUGAGUUACUCCAUACAGUAGUUGGUCUCUAUGACACAUGUCUUCCUGAUAUCACCCCUCAAGUUCUCUAUUCUACUGUGACUGGAAAAUGGGCUAAAACACUUGUACUUCUCAGAAGUAGAAAGGAUGUGGCCCUGGAACUGCAGCAAAGGAUUCUCCAACGGGAGAGAGAAAUAGAGCAAAAUACGGCACAGAAAGAAACAAUAUCACAGAACAAUAAUGCUGAUGUGAACAAAGACCCUACCAACAACAGUGACAACCCAACUAAGACAAUAAACUCUGAUGCAGAUGUAGAUCCCAGCGUGACUAAUGAUUCAGGUGAAACCAAAGAAAGUCCUCUUUUGAGAUUAUUAGAAAUUGGAGGUGACGGAGAGGCAACUAAAGUAAUACAGAACAGUAAAGGCGCUAAUAGUCAACCUGGUGGGGAUGAUGAAGAUGAUGCUAAUGAUGCGGUUGCUAAGGAGGAGGUGGAUUGUGUUGCUAAGGAGGAUGAAGAUUCUGUUGCUAAGGAGGAUUUAGAAGAUGUCUUGGAGGAGGAAGAGCAGAGGAAGGUAUUCGCUGAUGUGUUCAGUGACUCUGACAGCGAGGAGGAGGAAAGUGAAGAAGAAGAGGAAGAAAAGGACUUCUCAAAAGGUAUCCAUGAAUUCCUGAGAGCAGUGAAACAGAGGAAGGAGAGGAGAGAGGAGUUAAGUCUAAACCCAACCCUGGAAGAAAUAGAAUCAACGGUCGGGAUCGAGUCAAGGAUUGUGGCUUGUGCAACUUGGGAAAAGUCUCACAUCCGUCCAGGUGAGAAGAUUGUCCAGAUCGAUUUGAUGGGCGUGAGAAAGAGAUGCAGAAGAUGUGGUAUCGGGAGAUAUUUGUUAAGGCAAAUGAAAGAUGUAAGCAUCGUUGGACCUUAUGAUUCUCUAGUGGUGUAUGCUGACCAUUCCGCGGUGGAUUUCUUUGCGCUUCAUGGCUUCAGUGAUGACAUUGUCUUGAAUAGUAAAUACUCUGACCUAGCUGAUAAUUGGACCAACUGCACCCUCAUGUGCUAUAUACCUCCUUUUGUUGGACAAACAAUUUUGAAGGAAACAGACAUGACCCUUGACCUGAAAGAGCUUGAGAUGGAGCUUCAGAAAUGGACAGAGAAAAGCAGAGAUGCGUACCAAGGUCAGGUCUCAUGCAUUAUGAGGUUACGACACGAGGUCAUCGCACUUCGUGCUCUGGUGAGUUCACAAAAAGAUCUUAUUAGCUCAUUGACAGAGGAGCUUGAAAGCACUCAGACAGACAAGCUCAUGAUAGAGAAAAGUUUUCUGGAGCAUAGAAUAGCAGCCAUCAAAGCAGGGUAUUAUGAGAGGCACUAUGGUGAUGGUCCAUCAGCAAACGGGACUGCAAAGGAGUCCCAGACAGAGAAUCAUUACACCACUGGUACCGAUGGAGACGAUGAGGCAGAGGAUGAAAGCGAUGAUGAUGGAGAAGAUGACGAGGAUGGAGAAGAUGAGGAGGAUGGAGAAGAUGACGAGGAGGAUGAUCAUGAUGGGGAUGUAGAUGAAGAGGAGAUAGAUACAGAGACUUUAAUCAAAGCUCUAGAGGCUGAAGCAAGAAACUUGAAAGGUCGAAGACAGAGUUUUGAUAUUGGAGGCCUGGUUGAACAACGGGAGAUCGCUGAGCGUUUUGAAUCGGAGAUGAUUGACAAUCCUCGACCCGGAGCAAGAUGUCAUGUGACCAAGGUUACCAUGGCAAGCCUUUCAUCUGCUCUGAGAGAACUGUAUCAGCUUCGUCUAAAUCAGCUGGGGGAUCCAUCCAUCUUCACUGAGCUCUACUACUGUGGAAGCCUUCAUCAUCCAGAACGCAUCAACAAAAUCAUGAGCAAUGGGUUUUCAGAUGAAGAUUUGACGUACGGAGAAUAUGGAGUUGGGCUGUAUUUUUCAAGCCAUCCAGGAACGGCUGCACACUUUUCAGCAGUAAGUAUAUAUACAUUCCUUGUCUAAACACUCUAGAACAUA